AUGAGAUGCUGGAAUUUCGGCACGUUUGUUUGCGAUUUGUGGAACAGUUUGGAUGUAUACUUCUCAACCGCGAGCAUUUUGCAUUUGUGCUGCAUAUCCGUGGAUAGAUAUUAUGCGAUUGUAAAACCGCUCAAGUACCCGAUUAGCAUGACAAAACGUGUCGUAUUCAUCAUGAUAUUGAAUACGUGGGUUUCGCCAGCGCUCCUCUCCUUCUUGCCCAUAUUCAUCGGUUGGUAUACGACAGAGGAGCACAAAGUUUUUGUCAAACGUCAUCCGGAUCGUUGUGAAUUCAUUGUCAAUAAGCCAUAUUGUGUUAUAUCCAGCUCAAUUUCCUUCUGGAUCCCCUGUACAAUUAUGAUAUUCACGUAUUUGGCGAUAUUCCGUGAGGCGAAUCGUCAGGAGAAACAAAUGAUGGCGCGUCAUGGCAAUGCGAUGUUAAUGCAUCGACAUUCGGUGGAUACGCGCGGAGGGGCUAGCAAUAAUACAGGUGAAGCGCUCAGCGGUUCCGGCUCAUCGAAAACUUUGACGCUGCAUGAAGUGGAGCAGGAUCAUACACCGACAAAGGAUAAACAUUUAAUCAAAAUGAAACGAGAACACAAGGCUGCAAGAACUUUGGGUAUAAUUAUGGGCACAUUCAUACUCUGUUGGCUGCCAUUCUUCCUUUGGUACACCAUCACAACUCUGUGCGACUCAGUUGCACCCGACAUUGUGGUCGCCAUACUCUUCUGGAUCGGCUACUUCAACUCCACGCUGAAUCCCCUCAUCUAUGCUUACUUCAAUCGUGAUUUUCGGGAAGCAUUCCGCAACACCUUGCAAUGUCUUUUCUGCAAUUGGUGGCGAGAACGCGGUCUGCCGCUCGACAUCGAUAUACGACGCUCUAGUCUGCGCUAUGAAACGCGCACCAAAAGUGUCUACUCUGAGAACUAUUUGAGCGCCAGCCAACCACCCAGGCGCACCAGCCAGCUGGUCGAGAGUUUAUAAUACAGCCGUGACGACUCGCUGUUGUCGGUGACGCGCACACCGCCACAGCGGUCCACGUCAAUGCAAUUGCUGCCAACCCAACAGUCAUUGUUGAUGAGUGAUACGACGCCAAAGCAACCGGCUGCCGGCAGCGGUGGCGGUGGCAUGCAUCAAUUGGCACCACUCCCUCUGCCAUCGUACGUUGGCAAACGCUUGCUCGAGGUUAAGCCCAGUGAUGGGGCACAAGAGUUGAGUGGCGCUGAUGUUAGGCGGCGCGGAGGUGGUGGUGCUGAUGACGAUGAUGACGAUGAGCCGCAACAGAUACAAAUCGAAAUACCAUUGGCGUAUGUGAAGAAAUGGAAUAAAAGCAAUAAAUGUACAACAAUAACAACAACAGCCGCUGCUCCUCUAACCACAACAGUGCAAACAACAACAGCAACGGUCAAUGGUACAGGCACUGCCACUGUGACUACGACCGCAACGACUACAAUAACAAUAACAACAACAGUAACAACGCCCAAAGGCACCGAAAUGCAGGCACACACACACGUUUAAAGUAAACGAGAGAGAAUAGUUCGGACAUGGGAAUACUUAAAGUUUGUAAAUAAAAUAAAUAAUUUAAGGAAAAUUGUGUUAAGAGUAAAAAAAAAUCAAAAAUA